UCGGCGUAUUUAAGUCCCUGGCUUUGUGUAAAUCUUAUUCAGGUGAAAGUUUUUGUAGAGACGAUGAACAACUUUUGGAAAGCAACGACCUUCCUGGCGGCCAUUGUAGUGGCGGCACACUGCCUGGACUGCCGCUUCUGUCCUGUAGCUCUACUAGAUCUUUGUCUAUUUGGAAGCGAUGUCUCAUGUGAUAACGUAACCCAGCUUUGCUACCGAGGAAGUGCGGAGUUCCCCGGACCACUGCCGAUCAGAAUAUACACUCGCGGCUGCCUGGAUCGAAACUUGUGUGAGCUUACGAUGAACGGCACGGCCCUUGGAACUCCUUACACCGCCACUUUCGACUGUUGUGUCACCGACAUGUGCAACGGUGCCGCGCCCCUCCAGCUCUCCCUUACAAUGGCUGCCGGGGUGGCGCUUUUUUCGCUGUUGGCCAUAUAGGAGGUUGGACUGUCGCAUGAUCCAUUAUACAGGUUCUUGCACAUCACGCCGGAUAAAUCGUUUUUACCAUGAAUAUGAUGGAUAUCAGUAAAUACUUGCAUAUUCCUGUAUCUUAUUAUUAACUUAUACGCAAAUACUGCACAUCCAUGUCAGCCUCUUCAGCUAUGAAUAUUGAUUUUGAUAUUGAAACCAGAUAUUUAGAUAUCAUAGAUUAAAUAAACCAGUCUUCAGUUGAAAUGAACAAUAUCACAUGCAUAGCUUUUUAGACAAUAUGUGAGUAUCUUACAGUGUGUCCAGAAAAACAUGAUGUUGUAAUAUAAAUUAAUAUAUGAAUAAAUGGAGGUGGUUGUGGGACAAA